AAUAUAUGAGAUGCCUUUUUCGUCCUAGUAGGAAACUUCUUAAAAGUUGAAUUUAAGACCAGUUAAGUUGAGUGUUUUUGGUGAUUAUUUAACUUUUUCGACUGGAUAACUUAAUCGAAUAAAUUUCUGUAUCAUUCUGAAUAAGAUUGUUAGUGCCUAUUUCAAAUUUUAAACUGUCGAUAUAAAAUACAGUUUAGGCUUUCCCACAUAUGGUUUAGCAAUAUUUAAUUCAUAUCAACACGUUUACAGGAUAUAAGGUCAUGUUCACAAAAUCUAACUAUAGGUGCCCUAAUUGAUAAUGAGUUAGAUUUAUCUCAUCCGCUAGCAAAACUGUUCUCUAAUUGGAUAGCUUUACACCUUAUUGUAAUUGGUUAAAAGUGAUAGCACUAAUACACGUAAAACUAAUUAAAAAUUCAACAUCUCACCCUCUUGCACCAAUCACAUGUAUCCGUUUUUUUCUAUAUUACUGGUUUUACUUCCUGAAAUGGUCCAUAAAAUUUUCGCUGAAACACUUUUCUAUAAGCUUCACGUAUGAUAUUUCGUUUAUUCAGAGAGCAGAAAAAUGGUUGCUCAGGAAUUCAUUGACUUGUUCAAUUCAAUAUCGUUAGCACAGCGUUCUACUGUUGAAGAUUUUGCUGAUCGAUUAAACUUAUUCACUGUGAUUUUACUGCUUAUCACUUGUAUUAUUGUUUCAACAAAACAAUAUUUAUUAAAUUCGAUUUCAUGCUAUAUACCAGUGAAACCAGCUGGAGAAAAUUUCAAUGAUUAUCUUGCAAAUUAUUGUUGGGUACAUGGAACAAUUCCAUUGGCUGAUGAUGAAAGAAUGCCAACUACAGAAGCUCAAUGGGAAGAAUAUGAUUCAACACGAAGAAUCACUUAUUAUCAGUGGGUACCGUUUGUACUUGGCCUACAGUGCAUAUUAUUUUAUAUUCCACAUAUUGCUUGGCAAGCUGCUUGUGCUUGUCGUUCUGGCGGUGAUAUGUUUUCGUUAGUAAAAUCAGCGGCAGAUGCUGCCAUACUAUCUCGAGAUGAUCGUCAGAAAGCAGUAGCUCGUGUAGCGGAAUUCAUCGAGGAUAUGAUUGGAAUGCACAAAGAAUGUCGGAAAGGUAAACGUGCUAAACUGACUAAAACAGCUGCUCAAUUUGGUGGGAUAUUUGUAGCUAGUAAAAGACUCGGUACACACUUGAUAUUUUCUUAUUUAUGCGUAAAAAUUGUAACAAUUAUUAAUGCUGCAUUACAACUAUUUUUAAUUCAACGGUUUUUGGGCUUUUAUUCAAAUGGCAGUGCAAGUCGACGUAGCUUACAAUUAGGCAAAGUGACUGAUUUUAAAUCAUUAAAUGAUUUAUCCUAUUCAGAAAAUGAAAAUGUUGAAGGUUAUGGAUUUGGUUUAACUGUUGUUAAUCAUAUACGUUCUGGACGUGAUUGGCCUGAAACUAUGCUAUUUCCACGUGUAGCAUAUUGUCGUGUACCGGGUAUAAGAUUAGUUGGUGUAAAAAAUUCAUAUACUGCACAAUGUGCAUUACCUAUAAAUAUGUUAAAUGAAAAAAUUUAUAUAUUUUUCUGGUUUUGGAUUGUAUUCUUACUUAUCAUAUGUAUUUUUAGUUUAUUAUUAUGGUUAACACGUAUGAUUUUAGCAUCAAAACGUAAAAAUUUCAUUAAACGUUAUCUUAGAUUAAAAGGUAUUCAUUCAUUAAAAGGUGAUGAAUUAAAACAAAAUGAUUUAAAUGAAUUUAUUGAUAAAUAUUUACGUGCUGAUGGUGUAUUCAUUAUUCGUAUGUUAACUAUUAAUUCAGGUGAUAUUAUUACAGGAGAAAUUGUUACUGAAUUAUAUAAUAACUUUAUUAAUCAUUAUCAUAAUACACAUUCAAUUGAUAAAGAACAAGAUUUAAUGAAACCGGAAAAAAUUGGUUUCACCAAUCUUGUUUAAAAUUAUAUUUGUUAAAUUUUUCUUUUAAUCUAUGUGAAUAUGAUAUAUCAAGUUAGUUUACUGAAAGAAAAAAAUAAUAAAGAAUAUGUCGAAUAAACAGCAACAACAACAACAAUGAAAAAUAAUGUUCAUUAUUUGUGAUUUACACCGACGACAACAACAACAACAACAAUAAGAACAUUCAUAUUUUGAUCAACCUUUUCACUUGUUUCUCUUUUUUUUUCUUUCUUCUUACUGAGGACAAGAUAUAGAUUAUUUUCUG